AUGUUAUCUGAUUUUGAUAGGAAAGUGUGCUAGAAACAUAAAUUAGAGAUUUUAACUAUAGAUUUAAAAUAAUCAACAGCCGAUGAAGAUAAAUUCCUUUGCAUAAAGUGUCUAAUGGAGAAAAUCGAUAUUUCAAACAUGGCUUUAGUAGAAGAAACAAAAAUAAUGAUUAAAUAAAUGAAAAGUGAGUAAUUGAACAAUAAAAUCAAAGAUAAUUAGAUUAGAAUUCAAAAUUUCAAAUAAAUUGAAUCAUAAGUUAAAGAAAUGAAAGUUUCUAUCAAUACUACUAUAGACAAACUAUCAUCUAAUUUAAAUUAAAAAAUAACUCAAAUGGAGAAUCAAUUGGAUGAUUCAGAAUCGAAAACUCUGGUCUCAACUUUUGAAGAAGAUGUUAGAAUUUUAUCAAAAUUUUAUAAAGGAUCAUACAAUUUUGAAAUUUCUAAAGAAUUUGAGCAGUCUUUGGAUGAUAAUUCUUAUCUUGAUUCAAUAGAAGAAUAAUUAUAAUCAAUAAUUAAUUGUCCUAGGUUAAUUGAAAUCAAAGAAUGUUUAGAAAGAACAAAAGUAGAAAAUAAAAAUAAAGAUGUAAAGUAAUUAAAAUUACUUAAUAAAAAGGAAGAAGAUCCAUACGUAAAUAUUAUUUAUUAUUAUUAAAAAAUAGAAAACACCAAGUUUAAAGAUUUAAUGCAAUAAACAUGGAAAAGAAAUUAUUAUGUUUAAUUUGAAUCCUGAUGAAACUGAGUUUUCUAGAUUGGCUUGUGUUGAAUGUAUUUAAGCAAAUAAUCCAAUCAAAUACACUACUUUAGGAGAUGCUAACUUUAAAUGGAAUGAAUAUUUAGGAUAAACUAGUGAUUAAAUUAAACGAUUUUAGAAUUAAAGAUAUUUGAAAUCAUCAUAGAUCAUUGAUAUUCUUCAAGAUAUUAAAGAAGAACAUAAUUCUACACUUUCAGAAAUAAUAAAUAAGGUAAACACUUAAUAUUCAAUGUUCUUUUAAAAUGAAAUUAAUGAAUUUAAUGGCAAUGUCAUUUGUUAAAUGAAUUUUGAAUAAAUCAAUGGAGUUGCUGAAAUAUUAAGUUAAUAAGAUAAAUUUUAAGUAUUGAGUGAAAAACAAUUUGUUAUUUAGAAAAAAGAUGUAAAUUAAUUAGAAUUAAUAUCAACUAAAUUUGGAAAAUUGAUUUAAAAUGAUUUAGUAGCAACUUAGAAGAUUAAUAAGAUCUUGAAAGAAUCAAGUUUUAUUAUGCCGAAUGUAAAGGAUUAGACAAAAGACAUUGUAUAAGAUGAUUAGAAUUCCAUUUAAAAUUUCUAGUAAAUUAAAUAACUAAAUUUAUAAAUAGAACAUUUUAAAAUAUAUUAGGCUAUUUUAAAUGAUGGCUUAAAUUAGUAUGAUGUUAUUAUGCGAGCAAUAAGUAGUUUAUCUAAUGAAUUUAAAGAUGCAUAAUUAUAACAAGUAUAAUUUUAAUAAUAUUAGUAAGUUUAAUGAAUAUGUAUCAAAGAUUCAAAAAGAUUUCUCCUUAAUACAAAAAUUCAAAGAGUUUGAUUAAAUUACUAAAGAACUUAAAUUAUGUAAAGAAGAAAAAGAAUCACUUUAAAACCAACUUAUUGAAAAUGAUAAUAUGAAUUUAGGGAAUAUAUAAAUAAUAAAUGACUUAAGGAUACAUAAUUAAGAAUAAAUUACAAAAAUCGAUGAUUUGAAGGAUGAAAAUGAAAAUUUAUUAGUAAAAUUAGAAGAAUUUGAAUAAUAAAGUAAUAUAAUUCAAUUAUCAUAGAAAUUUAAUUUGAAGUUAUUAUUUAGGAGUAGCAAACAUAAUUGCAAACAUACUAAGAAAUAAAUUAGUAGAAAUAAGAAAUAAUACAAUAGUUAUAAAAUACUUUGGUAUCAAUUAAAUAUUUAUUUAAAUCAGAACUUGUAAUUCUCUUAAUCACUGACAUUCUCAACAACUUAUAAGCAUAUUAAUAGUUCAGUAACUUAAAAUGGAAAAGUUAUUGAGAAAAGUAGUG